CACCGCCAAAAUAAGGAAGAAAUACAACCUUUCAAAGAAAAAAAAAUCCCUGUAUACACACAACUAUCUUUCCUUUUUCUUUGUUCGCUUUUAUAGGAUAUCAGUCAUAAUGGGAGCCAACGCGUCCAAAGACAACGGGAAAAACGCCCAUUCUGUUCACACUCAUCAGAAGAUUCAGGACUUGAUUGACCUGGGGUCUGUACUGCCCAAUGGGCUGUAUCCAACCACUCAGCAAGAUUACGAUCCACGCAUCGUGCGAAAUCUAAUUAUUGCGAGACAAUUAGCUCCAUUCUAUAAAGGACUUCCCGAUGCUCCGGAGCCGGUCGCAGAAGAGCCACCGAAGUCUACAAAGCUUGCCGUACCGGUGCCGCAGGCAUCAUCCUCACACUCGAGUUUGGACAGCAAAAAGAGUUCCGAUACAGCCAAACUAAGCAUUGCAGGAAGACCUCGCAGUGCUUCCAGCGUCGGUCGUCCUCGUCAAAAUGUUGCCACUUUAGGUCGACCACGCAGCGUCUCUCAAAGUAAAGAAUGCCGUGGUCCUGUCGUCCCACCAAAAGAAAGACAACAGCAAUCCUACAUUGAAAAAAUGAGACAAAGGGAGAAAAUGUUGUACAAUGAUGCAGUGGAAUGCCCUAUUUGCUUUUUGUAUUAUCCUGCCAAUAUCAAUUACUCUCGUUGUUGCGAUCAACCCAUAUGUACCGAGUGUUUCGUGCAAAUCCAUCGUCCAAUCGAUACACCAGCUGUUCCCGCCACAUGUCCGUUUUGCAUGGAAGAAAAUUACGGUGUCAUUUAUGAACCACCUCCAUGGACUGAUAAAUUAGAGGCCCGCGCACGUCCACGGGCCCGAGCAGCUAGUGUGGGUGGCAAAGCGAGACAUACAACAUCCGGUAUAAGCAAUGGGGACGAACCUCGACGGAAAACAGUCAGUUACAAGGAUCCAGCCGUGGUUCUUGUAGACCAUGUGAGACCUGAUUGGAAGAAAUUGCUGGUAGCGAAUGCGCAUCCAGCCUCUCGUCGCAACUCAGCAUCAGCGGGUCAAUCUCCGAAUCGCGGGUUCUUACGAACGGGGACAGUUGGACCGUUGUUUACACGACCGGGACGGUCGGCGUCAACUGCGGCCGCUACGCAACACAGUCAGUUCCUGGCUAAUAUGCGUGAUAUGAAUAUGGACUUGGAGGAAUGGAUGGUAAUGGAAGCUAUUCGUUUGUCAUUGGCGGAACAGGAAGAACAAGAAAGACGGGCAGCCGCAGAAGCGGAAAAUGCGGAAAAUGUGGAACAGAAUCCGUCCACCUCCACCAACACGUCUCAAGAGCAACUGGCCCUUGCUAUGCCAAUUCCUACUAUCCAGUUACCAACCGACGCCAUGGCGCCCAAUACAGCGAGCGAUCAUGAACUAUCACGACGCGAAACUCGAGGAGAGGAGGAUGAUGAUGAUGAUGACGAACCCCUGGCUAUAUCAGCAAGAAUACAUGGAUUCCAACAAACGUCCAGCCACGAUCCGUUGUCUCAAGAACCUCCGCCAUCUAAUGCCUCUACCUCCUCGUCCGCCUCUUCCACUCAUGAUACCAAACCCAUUCUUUCUUCAGUGGAUUCUCCAGUUGUUACCAUUUCCGACGCCAAUCAUCAUACCAAUCCCGACACGAAAUCACCUUCUAGGGAUAAAGAGGACUCGGAUCGUGAUUCUCAGCCAACGCAUGCGGUCUGCUAAAUGAGACUGCAAAAGAAUGAUACUUUGAUAGUGCCUUCUUUUUUUUUCCUGUCUUCCUGCUUAAUUUCUUCAUGUUUUUAUGUUUGAUACCUUUGUAUAUCUGAUUUAUCUCCAUUUUCUAUCGUUUUGAUUUGGUAAAAAUUGUCCAAGCCUGCCACACUCACCAAUAAAAAGAAAAAUCACCAACAUUGAUUUCAC